GCAGAUUGAAGAAGCCGGCGGCAAACACGCGACUUCAGCGGAUUAACACCACGAGAAUGCUCCGCAAGUGCUUUUUCGAUAUGUGAAUGACAUCCGGGUCUCUCGACCGAGUCCGAACUGCUUAUCCUUUUACUGAGAGUCCAUCAUAGUGUCGGAGCGAAAGAUCGGAUACUCAUUAUGACUGUUGGGAUACAGUAUCGAGACUUGAUCUCCUAUUUGCGCACAUUAGAAUCCGCCGUCCUGAAUCAACUGUAUAAACAUCCCGCGACAUGCCUGGCCAUUUUCAGAAGACUGCCACCAUUGGCUCGGCAAUAUGUCAUACGACUCCUGCACAUCCGACAGGCCGUUCCGCAAGCUGUGAUAAAUUCUUGGUACGAUCCGGAAGCUGCCCGCGAUCACACUUCGUCCGAAGACGCCCUCCUCAGUCUCAGAUUGUGGCAUGAAACAACAUUGCCGGGCGGUUUACCGGGCUGGCAAUUGAACCCCACAUUCCAAGAGAUGCUAAGACAGGCUCUGGCCGGGGGAGGGGAUCCGUGGAUUGUGUAUGGCGAGCUGGACAAAGACAAGCACGGCAGAGAUACAAAAUUUCUCGAUCAGUACGCUCAGGAGCGAUGGGAUUGUGUUCUGCACUAUAUGGUUGGCUCAGAGGUGAACUCAGAAAGUGGGAUAUCUCAAGACGCCGUUCGGAUUUUGCUGCACUCGGGCUUGAUGAAAAAAGAAGAUGACUCCCCAAAUUCGAAAAACCUCAUCACCAUGGAAGGGUUCCAGUUCCUUCUGAUGGAUACUGAAGACCAAGUUUGGUACUUCAUUCUCCAGUAUCUAUCGACCGUCGAAACACGAGGGGUCUCUCUCGUUGAUUGCCUCCAGUUCAUUUUCCAACUGAGUUUCCUCACUCUCGGCAAAGACUAUAGCAUUAAGGGUGUGAGCGAGAAUUUACUGGUGUUCUUGCAACAUCUUCGGGAAUUCGGUCUCGUCUACCAGAGGAAACGGAAGUCAGGCCGCUUUUAUCCGACGCGAUUGGCCAUCGGUUUGGCCUCUGGGCUGAAAGAACUCCAAGCUACAAAAGACGAGCAGGGAUACAUAAUCGUCGAAACCAAUUAUCGCGUCUAUGCAUAUACAGACUCGCCGCUACAAGUUGCUCUGUUAUCGUUGUUCUGUGAGCUCCUCUAUCGGUUUCCUAAUUUACUCGUCGCUGUUCUCACGAGGGAGAGCGUCCGUCAAGCUUUGAAGGGAGGGAUCACAUCGAAUCAAAUUACGCACUUCCUGAAAAGCCGGAGCCACAGAGUGGUACUCGAAAGGGAGGAAGGAAUCAUCCCGAUGACCGUGACGGAUCAGCUGAGACUCUGGGAACUGGAGCGCGACCGUUUCAAGUUCGGGGAGAGCGUUCUCUACUCCCAGUUCCAGACAACAGGGGACUUCGAAAUGUUGAGGAACUACGCUCGUGAUAUUGGUGUUCUGAAGUACGAGAAUCCUCAAAAAAGAUUCCUCGUAGUCAGCAAGAGCGGGGAUGCCGAAGUCCGGCAAUUCUGGAAACGACAUAAGAAGGACUACGAUUGAAUAAAGGAGCGUUGA